AUGACUAUAACUAAAACUAUUACAGUCUUACCUGGUGAUCACGUAGGUACAGAAAUUUGUACUGAAGCUAUAAAAGUUCUUAAAUCAAUUGAAUCUUCAACUUCAAAAGAUAUUAAAUUUGAAUUUAAACAUCAUUUAAUUGGAGGUGCAGCAAUUGAUGCUACAGGAGUUCCAUUACCUGAUGAAUCAUUACAAGCUGCCAAAUCUUCAGAUGCGGUUUUAUUAGGUGCUGUUGGUGGACCAAAAUGGGGUACUGGUGAAGUUAGACCAGAACAAGGAUUAUUAAAAAUUAGAAAAGAAUUAAAUUUAUAUGCAAAUAUUAGACCGUGUAAUUUUGUAAGUGAUUCAUUAUUAGAAUUAUCACCAUUAAAAUCUGAAGUUGUUAAAGGUACAAAUUUAAUUAUAGUUAGAGAAUUAGUUGGUGGUAUUUAUUUUGGUGAACGUUUAGAACAAGAACAAUCAGAUGAUAAAUUAACUGCUUGGGAUACUGAAAAAUAUACUGUUGAUGAAGUUACUCGUAUAACUAGAAUGGCUGCAUUUAUGGCAUUACAACAUUCACCUCCAUUACCUAUUUGGUCAUUAGAUAAAGCUAAUGUUUUAGCAUCUUCAAGAUUAUGGAGAAAAACUGUUGAUAAAGUUAUUGAAACUGAAUUUCCACAAUUAAAAGUUCAACAUCAAUUAAUUGAUUCUGCAGCUAUGAUUCUUAUUCAAAAUCCAACUAAAUUAAAUGGUAUAAUUAUAACUUCAAAUAUGUUUGGUGAUAUAAUUUCUGAUGAAGCAUCAGUUAUACCUGGUUCUUUAGGAUUAUUACCAUCAGCAUCAUUAGCAUCAUUACCCGAUUCAAAUAAAGCUUUUGGUUUAUAUGAACCUUGUCAUGGUUCAGCUCCUGAUUUACCAGAAAAUAAAGUAAACCCAAUAGCUACAAUUUUAAGUUGUGCUUCAAUGUUGAGAUUAUCAUUAGAUUGUAUAAAAGAAGCAGAAGCUUUGGAAGAAGCAGUUAAAUUAGUUUUGGAUGAAGGUAUUAGAACUGCUGAUUUAAGAGGAUCAUCAACUACAAAAGAAGUUGGAGAUGCAAUUGCAAAUAAAGUUGGUGAAAUAUUAAAAAAAUCUAAUUAA